AUGAUCCAAACAACGUUAAGUGGAGAGCCAGUCGAAGCACGAUGCCAUUGUGGAAAGAUAUGCAAGAACAGCAGAGGGCUGAAAAUCCAUCAGGCAAGGACCAAAUGUGGCCAUAGGGAGAUACUAACGCAGCGCACAGAUAUCAGCAAUGAAUCUGGUGAGACGCAGGAGGAACUCAGUCAGGAGUCAAACCAUAGUACAGAGAGCCUCCAAGCUUCGGUGUCGCCAGAUGGCAGCAUUGGUAACUUGAAUGAAGCGAGCGCCCAUGGUGUUCAAGCAGUGAGGGACAGGAGAUUAGACAAAGUGCAGUGGCCCAAGACAAAUGACGAGGCAGCUUGGCGAAAUCUUGAUCAGGACCUGGAGGCUAUUUUGGAGACCACUCUACAGGGGAAUGUGGAGAGGAAAGUAGAAGCACUGACGUCAAUUGUGUACAGUGUAUGCAAAGAGCGAUUCGGAGUGGAAACAUCCAGAACACAACCCAGAGCAAAGACAACAAAGGAGAACAGGAGGGAACGUAAGAUCAAACAACUACGAAAGGAGCUGAGGGAAUUAGGAAAGAGGUUUAAAACAGCACCAGAGAGUGAAAAAGUUGGGAUACAGCAGAUAAGAGACGACCUUAGGGAGACACUUCGCCGCCUAAGGAAUGCAGAAAGACUAAGGAAGGGAAGGAAGGAGAGAGCGAAGAGAAGAGCAGAUUUUGUUAAAGAUCCAUUCCAGUUCUCAAAAACUUUGCUAGGAGCAGAGAGAUCAGGCCAUCUGGAAAGCUCGAAGGAGGAAGUGGAAGCUCAUCUCAAAGGUGUCCAUUCAGACAACAGGAGAGCAGAACCUUUAGGAUAUUGUCCAAGAAUCUUAGAGGUAGAGGCCCCAAGUGCACCAUUGGAUACCAAACUUCCUACCUGGAAAGAGAUUCAAGAUGUGGUGAAAAAGGCAAGAUCAGGAUCAGCCCCAGGACCAAGUGGGAUAACGUACAGGGUUUACAAGAAAUGUCCAAGACUGCUAAGAAGACUGUGGCAGCUAAUCUGUAAAGUAUGGAAGAAAGGGACCAUACCGGCGUGCUGGAAGAAAGCAGAGGGAAUCUUUGCUCCUAAAGAGAAAGACUCCAAGACAGUUGAACAAUUUAGGACCAUAUCGCUGCUGAGUGUCGAAGGAAAGAUCUUCUUCUCGAUACUUGCCAAGCGCAUGACAGCCUACAUGGUGGAAAACAGUUACGUCGACACCUCAAGUCAGAAGGGAGGAAUCCCUGGGUUUUCAGGAUGCGUAGAACAUACAAGCGUCAUCAGCCAACUGAUCAGAGAAGCCAAGCAGAAAAAAGAGCUCACCGUACCAUGGGAGGAAGGCUGCGAGGAAGCUCACGAGAGGAAGAAAGCCAAGUAUGAUGAGCUGAUGGAAAAGUGCAGGAGCAGAGGAUGGACAGUAUGGCUCUUUCCAGUGGAGGUUGGCUGUAGAGGUUUCCCCGCACAGUCAGUGUGGAGGACACUACGGUCAAUAGGACUCACUGGGAGGGCAAGAGCUACCGCCAUCAGACGAUUGGGAGAAGCUGCAGAGAGAGCAUCGUGCUGGCUAUGGCACAAACGAGAUGAGCCGAUGUGGAAGCCGACAUAG